AUGGUUUUGCUACGACGUUGGACGACGGUUGUCCUCCUCCCUGUGUCGCCGAAAGCUUGUGGGCACACGAAGGGUCGACGUGUGGUGUCUCGAGAAGAAGCGGUGCUUCGGAUCCGGGCUGCCGCCGACGCCCGGGACGAGGGCGACCAGGACAUAGUCAUCGUGGCCCGGACGGACGCUCGGCAAGCAGCCAACCUGGCGGAAGCCAUAUGGCGAGCGAAAGCGUUUGUGGACCAAGGUGCUGACGUGGUCUUCAUCGACGCGCUCGCCUCGAAGGCGGAGAUGCGCGAGUUCUGCCAGGCGCUGCCGGACAUCCCAAAAAUGGCCAACAUGCUCGAGGGGGGUGGAAAGUCGCCCAUAAUGAGCCCCCUGGAGCUGGAGGAGCUGGGUUUCAAGCUGGUGGCGUAUCCGCUGUCGCUUCUAGGGGUGUCCAUUCGCGCCAUGGAAGACGCGCUCAAGGCCCUGAUAACAGGACGCAUGCCGCCCCCUUCCCUGCUGCCCACGUUUGACGAGGUCAAGGAGGUCGUCGGCUUCAACGAGUACUACAAAGAAGAGGAGCGCUACGCAUCGUUACCGCCGCCAAAACCUCGCUCUAGUUCCCGGUCGGCGGCAUCCCGCCCGGUAGACAAACCGUCUUCUCGCGAACCAACGGUUGCCGUUGAAUCGAAAACGGGCGGUUCAGAUCAGCCCAACACGGAGGCUUCUCGUCCAUCAAUGGGAACCGUCGAUCAGAAAUCGAGCGGUCCAGAUCAACCAAAAACGGAGGCCCCAAAAUCGAAACCGAAAGCCGCUUGGGCAGGACCCCCGCCUCCGUCCGCUGACGAGAUCGCGAAGCGGAGAACGGAAUGGGGGCUGGGCUCUUCUCCCGGUUCUAGUUCGUCAUCGCCUCAGUCGACUGCUCAAGCAUCGGAGAAACCGGUCAGCAAAAGUACAGAAGUCGUCAGUCCCGGGGUUAGAACUACAGGGGACGAAGAGGAGGGAGCUCCGGCGGGUUCUCGAGCGGAUUCCGUUACAAGGCUGGACGGAACGCGGCCAACGGAGCCGACGGCGGCGGAAGCGGCGAUGAAGACGGCGGAGGACGCGGCCGCGGCCGCGUUAGAAGAGGCGGAGCGGCUGAUCGCGGCCGCGGAAAAGAAGGCGGGGGGUGCGAACGAGGGGUCUGGCAGAAAAGAACCCACCGCAGCCAAGUCCGUCGAGAUCGAGACUGCGGACGGGUGGCGAGACCUAACUUCGGACGAGAGCAGCACGAGCGUCCGGUCCGAAAUGAAGAAUCUUCCCGGGUUGCGCGGCCGGCAGAUUCGCAUCCGCAUCCUGGGUCCGGACGGCGAGAAGAAGCUGGAGUUCAACGUUCCGGCUGGAUUCCUCGACGGUCUGUCAAAUGUAGUGCCAGGGGUCGCUGGCCUGGAUCUCCGGGCCUUGUUGGAGGAGUCUCUCGCACAACGGCGCGCUACGACGCCCAGCGGAGCGAUUGUCGACGUUCAGAGCGGGGCCGACCGAAUCCAGAUUUUCCUCGACUAACUCGAC